CGUCGCAUUGCAGAGCCAUCUGCACCCGUACCUGUGUGGAGCUUCUGUUCGAGAAGAGGAGAAGAUCCAUCCGUUCAUUCUAACGUGUAUAGUUAGUCAAAAUGAACGUAGUGGCAAAGUCGACGAACUUGUCCCCGUUUUUAAAAACGGCGACAACUGUUGUUUCAAAUGGGAUCCGACCAGCAGCCGCUAGUGGUACUGUUUUAAAACCUAAAAUUGUGGUAAAGCCUGUCGUCAACCGAAUGGUCAAUGAGAGUAUAUCUGAAAGCCUUUUAUGCAGAUCUUUGCGCGUAAGCUCAGGAAUUACAGCGGGUACGCAAACAAUGCAGAAGCGAUUAGCUCAUUCUGAUGUACAGUGGCCAGAUUAUUCAGCAUAUCGUCCUGACUCUACACAAGAUCCAACAUGCAAGAGCAAAGAAAGUGCACCAAAUCGAAAAGUAACUGCGUAUGUUGUGAGUGCAGUUGCUGGUGUAUAUGGUACCUACGGAGCCAAAUCGUUGGUACAAUUCUUUGUAGGCACCUUAAGUGCUUCAGCAGAUGUAUUGGCUUUGGCUAAAAUAGAAGUGAAUCUUAGUUCUAUUCCUGAAGGAAAAAGUGUUGUUUUCAAAUGGCGUGGAAAGCCAUUGUUUAUUAGGCACAGAUCAGCAGCAGAGAUUCAGAAGGAGGCAAGUGUUGACGUUUCAACUCUUAGAGAUCCACAGGCUGAUCUUGAACGUGUAAAGAAACCAGAAUGGUUGAUUGUUCUUGGUGUAUGCACACACUUGGGAUGUGUCCCGAUUGCAAAUUCUGGUGAUUUCGGUGGUUACUAUUGCCCUUGCCAUGGAUCUCACUAUGAUGCUAGCGGAAGAAUUAGGAAAGGACCAGCCCCCCUAAAUUUAGAAGUUCCAGAAUACGUGUUUACUGACGAAAAUAUUGUAGUUGUUGGUUAAUAUGCUAAUACUUGUAGUCAAAUGGUAAUUCUAUUUAUACCUAAAUUUUAUGUUUGAAGUUGUCAAGAUAUUGAUGUAUUAUAAAUACGGUGGAGCUGUAUUUAAUAAAAAUAAAGCUUAACCGAUA